AUGGUUGCCGAGCCGGUUCAAGUAACAGUUGAGGCGCUACAGAAACUAUACAGUCGAGUAAACCAGUUUGUAAAUGCACAACAAGAUAAACUUGUGAACUCUGAAUAUUAUAACCAAUUUUUCAACAUCGAGUCCUCUUCACCACCAGUGGUGCAAGUUCGACUGUUUGCAGCAGAGUCAAGUGCCAGCAACCUAUUCAGCCUGAUUUUCAACACAAUAGCUCAAAAUAAGGUGGGGUGUGCAACUGUGCUCGGACUAGGAUUAGGGAUUGGUUGUUAUUCAAUAUACAAGAAAUGGGAUCACAUACAUCAUCCAGAAAAAGCCAAAAGAAGAGUUCCCAAGCUAGCAAACGGUGCGAAACGCGAUGUUGCAUUAAUUGUUGGAUCUCCAACGGAACCCAUUACUAGACUCGUUGCAUUAGACUUUGAGAGACGGGGCUUCAUUGUAUAUUUAACGGCAUUGGACUCCUUGGAUCUAAAAUACUUGUCUGCAAAUCCGGUAGGUAAGAAUAUCAACUAUAUAGACUUUUCGCAGAGUUCAAUUGAGGAUAACUUGGCCCGGUUUAAGCAAAUACUAAAAACCCCAGUAGUUCCAUUCUUUGGAGCAGAACCUCAUUAUUUAUUUUUGAAAAGCGUGAUAUUCACCCCAUGUCUCUACUUUCCAGUUGGACCCAUUGAAAAUAUUGGAAUCAACACUUGGCACAAGUUAACUGAUAGAUUACUAACCUACUUGAAAUUGUUUUCCAGUGGAAUGAUCCAGCUAGUUCGUUCAAGUUCUUCAAAAGUGAUUUUGAUAAAUCCAAAUAACACAAGCUGCUUGAAUUUGCCCUAUCAUGCGCCUGAACUGAUUUUUCAACACGAAUUAAUGUCGCUUUUCACAGUAUUGGCAAGAGAGUUGAAGCAACACGGCGUUUACGUAACACAAGUAAAGCUUGGAAAUGUUUCUCUUACAAGUGAAGUACUAAACUCAAAUUCACGCAUUGAAAGUUUGGUCAAUUCUGAAGUAAGGGCAUGGACUUCUGAAAUGAGAGAAUUAUAUACCAAAGAUUUUACUAGAGCACAAUUUAAGAGCCAUAGAAUCAAGGCAAGCGGCAGCGGUAAGGGCGAGUCAAUAAAGAGUUUAUUUCAUUUGUUGUUUGAUUUGACUUACUCAAGUAGUCCUCCUUCAGUUUCCUACUGCGGUAAAGGAGCAAGAUGGUGUGACUAUAUAGCCAAAGUAUUCCCCAACUCAUGGAUAGAACUCUUCAUCAUAUAG